GAAGGAAAUUCAUUUGAAUCGCAAGUGGUAGCGCAGCAGCGUUGUAGUAUGACUUUGUCAUAAUUAUUCAAGAAGAAGAACAGUUACUUAAUUUUUGAUGACGGCAUCAAGGACGUGAUCAACAAAACCAGUAGAAAGCGAAAAUAAAUCAUCAUGGGCAAUUCCGUUCUUAAGUGUGACCAGGCGAACGCGCACGCCACCUUUGUUGCGACCUUGGAUCGGCUCUCGGACCCCACGGUGUGUAUGGUGAGGAUGCUGAAGCGGCUCCAAAGCGACGCGGAGGGGCUGGACCGGCUGCGCGCCGGGGCGAGAUCAUCGAGCGCCUCUUCCAUCUACGAAACGCACCCAGAAGCUGUGGACCUGCUGAAUGAUGCUUUGCGGGCAGUACUUGAAAGUGAGGAUGAAAAUGAUGUGGCAGGGGCGUCGUCCUCAGGCCCGGAAGGCCGCGAUGGUGAACCGCGGACGAUGAAACUAGCGGCGCUGUCCGCAUUCGCAGCCCGGCCGGCGCAAGAGCGGUACGAUGCUUCGUCCAGAAGAGCUUUAAUCUAAUAACUAUAAGGGGAAGGCUUGGCAAAAUUGCUGCUGAACCUUCAGAAGCUUUCUCUUCUGAAGGUCUUCUGAAGGUCCAAAAUCAUCACUGGAACCUUCUGAAGAAAUGGAAAAAAGCCUCUUUUUUUUGAGCGAGCAUACCAUCGGUUUAACCGUGAGCAUUUUUUUCUUCUGAAGGUCACGCCUUCAGAAGGUUUUUUUUGACCUUCAGAAGAAAAAGAUGGAAAAUGAGCAAAAAAACCUUCAGAAGGUGAAAAAUGACCGCUUUGAAAUCUUCUGAAGGUUGAAAACCUUCAGAAGGUGGCACUUUUUUGACCUUCAGAAGACUUUCCGACUUUUUAGACAAAAAAAGGCAGUGAAGUGUCGCAAUUUUGGCCAACCUUCUGAAGGUUGAAAACCUUCUUCAGAAGGUUUUUCAAUUGUGUCUCCAAAGCGACAACUUUUUGCGUCCUUUUUUCCGCAUUCUUCAGAAGCUUUGACCUUCUGAAGACCAUUUUCUGUAGAAUCUUCUGAAGACUGAAAAGCUUCUGAAGACUUUUCAGAAAAUACGCAAGACGCACGAAAGUGCUCAAAAGCUUUUCUGAUGCGCGUUGCUUUGCUGGGCGUUUUAAAAGCAUUGCUCGCGCCGCCUAUUUCGAAAGUGCCACCGGCGCGCGCGCGCAUUUCGAAAGUGCCCACAGGCACGACUUAGUGCGCGCCUUACUUCCUUGUGCGAUGAAAGAGCGCUGCUUGUGCUAGAAGAUAUUUUCACAGGACGCGCUUUGGAGUUAUUGUUCAGCUGCUCGCUCUGCUAUUGUGCUUUUUCUCGAACUCCCCUUUGGGAUUUUACUUUUGCAUCAAAAAAAAGCCGUUGGCGCCUGCGGUUCCAUUCUGUGUCGAGGCCUGUGCUGCUUUUUGCCUCUGAAAAGCAGUUUCUUCGGCCGCGGUGAAUGCCCUGCCCUGGAGACGUCGGCUUUUUUUUAUCUUUUUUGGUUCUUCUUGGCAGUUGAGUACUACCUGGAGCUUGGUCAGUGAGCCCGGCCGCGGACGGCGUCGCCUAUGACUACCUGUUGCCUGUUUUCACUAACCAAGCAGAAAGCGCUUGCAAUGCACGUAAUAACUCCAAAUUUGGCCGGCUCAAGAGCGGUACGAUGCUUCGUCCAGAAGAGCUUUUUAUGUAUGAUGCUUUUGGUCUUCUAUUCGCUAGUACCGCUAGGAAGCUGCAAUGCAGAGCAGAUGAUUUGAAAAAGGACGCGACAGCUGGCAAAAAAAGUACGAAAAAACACAGGGUCGACCUGCUGCUGAGGCAACGACUCAUCACGCGAACGAAGCAAGCACAUCUGUGUCGGGGACUCCUGACGCGGCUACGUUUUACGACGCUUCCGCCGAAUCACGAUGCUGUGAGGGAUCUGAAGCUUUUCCUCCUGGCCGCGAUGGAAUGCAUUGUCAUCUACGCGUCGUUAGAGGAGCAGCUCCCCGCGCUGGGGGAGGAGGAGAGAAAAAUGGUGUACGGUACCGCUGUGUCAGAUCAGCUGAGUUACUGGGAAGUUAUGUGA